AUGUCAACAUACCUCAUAACCGGCGCCUCCCGCGGCCUGGGCCUCGCCCUGGUGCGCCAUCUCGCCAACCUCCCCAGUUCCUCCGUAGGAACGAUCUUCGCAACAUCCCGCUCAGAACACCCAAACCUCCAGAAACUCAGCCAACAAUCCGACCGGGUCAAGUGGGUCAAAUGCGAUGUUACCGACUCAGCGAGCGUGCAUGAUGCAGUCAGCGCAGUGCAAGGGUGGAAUCGCGAACAUGCAUGUCCUCCCGCUUCGCUGCACCUAUCGAGCCAGUUCUUACUGAAUGGCAGGGAUGACCUGACUGAGACGUUCCAUACAAACGUCACUGGGACCCAUAAUGUCACCCGGGCUCUUCUCCCUCUACUCCGCGAGGGACGGAGGAAACUCGUUGUUAAUAUAUCGACAACCCUCGGCUCAAUGACUCUCGCGCCAGUUUACAAAGGCUCACCAACACCAGCGUACAAAAUCACCAAAGCAGCAUUGAACAUGUUGACGGUGCAGUAUGCGCAGGAUUACGCUAGCGAGGGAUUCACCUUUCUCGCUGUGAGUCCCGGUUGGCUACAAACAGAAAUGGGCGGGUCGAGAGCCGAUCUCCCCCCUGCGACCGGGGCACAGGCAGUCCUCGAUAUCGUGCAGAAGGCAACUCCGUCUCAGAAUGGAAAGGUUCUGAAUAUCCAUGUGCCGGGGUGGGAGGAGAAUGAGGGAUUGAAUCAGUAUGAUGGGAAGGGGGUGCCGUGGUAA